AUGAUUGAGCGCUGUGUGGUGGUCCAGAGGCAAUCAGAUGGCUAUGGACUAACCGUGUCGGGCGACCACCCAGUCUUUGUGCACACCGUCAGCUCCGAUGGGCCUGCGUUUUGUGCGGGCGUUCGGCAGGGCGAUCGAAUUGUCAAGGUCAACGGGAUGCCGGUGACCACGCAGAAUCACCUGGACGUCGUCAGGAUGAUAUCAAGUGGACAAACGCUGGCUCUAACUCUCCUUGGAAAAGCACCAGACCCUGGAAGUAUCGGAAGCUACAGCGAGCAUAAAACCGAAUACACCAAACCAGCAGCUCCGGAACCAAUGCCUACCUUGGAAAAAGAAGAAUGGAAGCGCCGACGAAAGGAAAUGAUCGCCCAGAUGUUGGAAGAAGAACGACGCCACGUCGAGGAGCUGCGUGAAUCAGCGGAAAACGGCGAAAAAUUGGAGAAAUCCAUCCGCCGCAUCCAAAAACUGCAAACGCAGCUGCGCGGUGCCACCCCUCCCCGUCCCCCAUCGUUGGGGGCACUGACGAAUACGAGCAGCAAUCUCUGGCUACAGGGCGGGCGUCGCGCUUCUGAUGGUCUGAUUUCGGACAGCGAAAACGAUGAGGAUAUGUUGUCCAAUGAAGCCACCGGUCCCUUCUCAAAUAUUGUCGAGCUCAAAGGACAUCCAGCUCAUCUGGCCGUGUUCAUCUCCUAUCUUCUCAGCAACGCCAGCCCGAACAGCCUGUUUUUCUAUCUGAUCACUGAUGCAUAUCAACUGACCAGUGCUUCGGCCAAGGAGUUACGCCGAUGGGCUUUCGAAAUCUUCACCACCUUCAUCGUGCCCAACUCGCCGAUGGCAGUUCCGAACAUGGAUCAAAACAUCAUUCAACCGAUCGAAAGGGCAAUCAGCAGCACCGCUAGUGAUGUCCGGGAUGCCGACGCAGAUAUUCUGCGAAAAGUAUUUAUACCAGCCAGGCAAAGAGCGGAAGCUGAUAUCCGAGACCAUCUGGCUGACUUUCGGCUAAAGCGAAAUAUCGGCAAUCUCUUCGAUGCUGCGCAACUUGGCGAAGCCGCCGAUGAUUCAUCAUUGGAAUGGAGGCUAGGCGAAAGCCUGCUGCUCCGAGCUUUGGAAAGUACGGUGCGGGCCGCAAAUCCAGACUACGAUCUCUGCUCCGCCACUUCUCAAGCUCUCCUCUCAUCGCUGGCCACAUUGAUCAAGGUGGUGCUUUGCUUGAAGCCGAAUGUUCCACACUGGGAGCGGCUUCUGGAAAAGUGUCCAACCUUCGUGACGAAGGACAAGGCUGCAAAGCUGAAGACCAAGCUUCCGUUGAAGAAAUCGGUACAGGUAAAGGGUCAUCAAUUUACUUUGAAUCCGGUGAAUGUCGUCCACUAUUGCUACCAAUGCCGCGACGUCAUCUGGGCCAUGCAACCUUAUGCAUAUUUCUGCACAAAUUGUGAUGUCGUUAUCCAUAAGCACUGUGCCAUUUCAUUGGCUGACGCUUGUUAUCCGGCGACGAAAGGAAAGUCCAAGGAAAAUAAGGAAAACAAGCUGAAGCGUCCGAAAAGCCGCGAAGGCAACGACGAAGAUCGGGUUCGUCGCGAUGGCAGCCUUCCCCGUGAUAUUAGCAUCCAAAAAUUGACACCAUCCGACUCCGGAAUUGGAGCCGAAAUGAUGCACGAGAAGAUCGUGGGUCGCAGCCAGAGCAUGAGAGGCCGGACGACGAGCGAAUCUUCAAGUGAAGCUGGCAAGCGUGGAAAGUCUGCGCUUUCGUGGGGUACUGAUUUGACUCCCGCGGAGGAAGAAGCGGAAAUUAUCAAAAGCCACGUUGUCCCUCGUGGCGUUCUCCCUUCAGAACACCGAACGAAUGACAGCGUGUCUCGGAGCAGCGGCUUCAGCUAUCCUGAUGAAGAUACGAAAAAAAUGUACGAGAGGCUUCAAGGCGAUCCGGAUCUGGAUAUGGACAUGGAACUGCCUGAACUUCAAAGUCUGGUCAGCGCCGAGGUCUAUCGCCACUUGAAGCCGAAAGAGCGGAGUCGACAAGAAGUCAUCAACGAAUUGUUCAACACCGAACGAACGCAUGUGCGGAAUCUGAAGAUUAUGUACAACCUCUUCUACCUGCCCAUCGUCCAAGGAAAUCUACUUGCCCCCGAUGUUGUCUCAUUGCUAUUUUCGAAUCUUGAGGAAGUACUCCAACUGCACAAAGAAUUGAACGACGACAUGAAGGCUGCCGUCGAGCAUUGGACUCAGGAGCCCAACUCAGUCGGGUUUUACGGCGAUGUCGGCGAACUUCUCUUACGACACUUUGAAGGAGAAAAGUUUGAAAAGUUCCAGGCGGCCACAGCAGAAUUUUGCAAAGACCAGCAGCAUGCGCUUGAGAUCUUGCGCACACUGUACCCGAGAUACAAAAAGGACAAGUACGAUCCACUGAACCAGCUCUUCGUCACAGCUGAAAGCCAUCCUUUGUGUAAAAAGCAGCAAUUUAAGGAUAUGUUAAUUGUGGAAAUGCAGCGUGUAACAAGAUAUCCACUUUUGCUUAGUCGCAUUUGCAGUCAUUCGGAAGAGGGGAGCGAGGAAAUGACCAACAUUGCCAAGGCUACUGAAAAUAUCCAGAAAGCAAUUUUUGGCAUCAAUCAAGCCAAGAAAAACACGGAAGACUUCAGAAAGCUACAAGACUUCCAACAACGGCUUGACACUUCCCCGUUUGAUAAGGAAUCCAAUGGAUAUGAUUUUGCAUCGCUCGACCUUACAAAACAUCAACUGAUCCACGAGGGAACGCUUAUGUUCCGCUCAAACAACCGAAAACUCGUGGAAACUCACGCUAUCCUGCUCGAGCAUAUGCUCGUCCUCCUCACCAAACGAAGCGACGGCCACGGGUUGAUGCUCAAGUUUUUGGAGCCGUCGAAGGAUUGCAAGUGGUCUCCAUUACUCCCACUGCAUUCCUUGGCUGCUGUCGAUAAGCCCCAGGAAAAUCGAGCGAUCGUGCUGUUCUACAACUCAACGGCCGGAGCUCAAAUUUACGAGCUUGUUGCUCAACCGACCGAGCUGAGGAAAAGCUGGCUGCAAAAGCUCACCAAGCAAAUUGACUAUGCGAAGAAAGCGCACGAGCAGGGAUUAGGGCCCGUCUUCAAUCUGAAUGCAGGUGGUCCAAUCGGCCGUUCAGCUGGUUCCGAUGAUGGUCAGAUGACGAAGGUGAAUGUGAUGACCCAUCCUCGUCUGGUUUCCGCCAAAGAGGUUCGAGUCGAGCAACCCACCAUAUUGGAACAAGCAAAACCGAUUCUAACCCCGAUUGAGCGCCUUCGAAGAGCUGAUCAGCAGAUAUUUGAAGGAUUGGCAGAAAAGCAAGCCAUUCUUGCACAGUUUCUACCUGGAGAUAAAAAUGGUCGAAAGGAAGAGCUGGACAAGCUGACGGAGAUGCUGAGUGGCGUGUCCGUGAUGGAACUGAAGAAUCUCGAUGCUAAUGCCUUAUUCAUGGCUUCGAUUGUGCACGGGAAUCGAUUGUUGGAUGCUAUUAAUCAAGGAAUGAUGGCGCAAAAGAUCGGCGAAGAUGCACACGGUGCUCCAGUCAUGGAGUUGACAUCGGCUGAAAGGAAUCUGCCAUCAGUCCCUUGCUAUAAGUUAACGGCUAUCGUUGCUCCAUUGUUGAAUACAAUCCGGGCCCAAAUGGCGCAGAGCCAAGAAAAAGCGGAGCAGCACGCGCACGGGCUGAGCGUCUCCGAGGAGACGUUGACAGAAGUGAGCAGCCUUCAAACGGAACCACCAGAGAGGAAGCUUGUCACUCGAAGGCUGCUGCCAACUAAUAUCCCACCACAGCCACCGCCACCCACGUCUUUACCACCCCCGGUC